GAUAUUUUCCAUGGCACCGACAGCCGCAGCUCAGCCGCCGUUAGUAAUGCCUUAAUUUUAAUGUCACUUUCUUUUGUAUUGAAUUAUUUGAUUUUCAAUGAAUUCGUGUAGCUAAUCAGGAAAAUAUUUAAACAUGAAUUGCAGUCAUCGUUUUACCUCGAAAGAAUUCCCACGUAUUUGAUGAUGGAACACGAAACCAAUAUAUCUAGCUAGAGUUGUGUGCUGCUGCAUGUGAAAUUUGUUCAGCAGCCCGCGGUCCGUCGUAAGUUCAGUGGGCCAGUAGACCGGGGGGAUCUUCGUCGCAGUUGCCGUUGGAGCAUUGCCAUCAUGUCGCUCCGCACACGAAUGAACGGUUUCACUGGUUGGGUAAAUCUCCGGCUCAAUAAAUAUGACAUGCUCCUGAAAAAUGUCCUCAUGGAUCUACUGGGUGGAACAAAUAUGAAGAUGCUGUUACAAAGUAUGACGGGAAUUGAUAACAAAAAGCUUCAAAGCUUUGAUGGUCUCACUCAUCAGCAGAAGGCUACCAGAAUGGAAUGGAUCGUCAAAGAACUCAAGGAAAAUGAAGUGCUACCAGGUGACAUAUUUGUGGACUUCCGACUUUUUGCCAUGAGGCACGCAGAACACGUAUUUGAUCUGUUGUGGAGACUUGUGAGUCAUGACGUCUGGUUCACAUGGGAAAGAUUGGAGUACCUCACCCACCACGAGGAUAAGAUUCUCUGCGAGGUUCCCUUUGAGUGGACACCAAAACCUCCCCCUGAGAAGAAAAAGAAAAAGAAAGUUUCGUACAACAAAUCCUUCCUUUCCGGAUUUGGAGGUGCUUCUCUGAUAUCAGACGGUCUGCCAGACAGUCCGAACCCGUUUGAAACCCCUCCCGAAUCCCUGCUCUCCACUGCACCCACUACCCCUACCCCUUCCCCUAACCUUCCCCCUUCCCCUACCACUACCCUUCCCUCUUCCCUUACCCCUACCCUUCCCCCAUCCCCUACCCCUACCCUUCCCCCUUCCCCUACCCCUACCCUUCCUCCCUACACCCCGAGCUCUGCUGGCUCAGUGAGAUCAUUUGGGGAACCUGAAAGUCCUCCUCCUCCCGAGAUCAAACACAUCCGCUUUCCAGGAGAAGAUUUCUGCAGGAAGUUCAAGAAAAAGUCCCAACAUCGACCGGACCCAGAGGAGUGCAUCUUGGAAAUGGUCACGACCAUGCUGAAUAGCACGAGAGAGGGUAGAAAGCUCAACGUGGAAGGCCUAGAUGAUCUGGUUGACAGUCGAGUCCUUUGCGAACUGGUGAAUUCCUUCGUCCCUGGUACGUUCACCACCGAGGUUCUGCUGAACGACCGCUGGACCAUCAACCUUGCUCUCAAGACGUUUGAGAAGAUGAUCCGCAUCAGUACUCCGAUAGAUUCCUCGGACCUUCUAGAGGCUGAUCCGAUGGCUGUGUGCUGUGCUAUGGGUGUCUACUUCAUGUGUGGCUUCAAGAUCAGACAGGCCAAGGGUGUCAUCAACAGACUGAUUGAGUUGGAGCAUCAGACGAGGGCAGCACACCAUGACCUUGACAACCUUCCUGAGAUUCUUGAAGACGUUGAGCUGAUUAAGAAACGCAAGAUGCUCAAAGAGACAUUAGAAGACUGCAACCAAGAGAGAGUGUUGAUAGAGAGUAAGUUUGACGUGGAAGCAUGCAGACAAUGGUGGAAACACAUAGAAACUGUACAAACUGAGACUCGUGAAGUCAUCUCUAAGAAGAUGACCGACCGAUUCGACCUCAUGACUCUCCCGAGGGCGGUCAGUAUGAAUGACCUCUGUAUCUCUCUUGCCAUCAACCUGACCUUGACCCAGGGGUCAGGGUUUUACCUCGGCAAGACCCGAGAGACGGUCACCACUGACCGCCGUAUCGUACUCAAAGAUGCAGAGACGGGUGACUUCAUCGAUGACUUCACCCAUGGCAAGGGGCCAAGUAAAAUCAAUGUCCGUAAGAUUUUGGGAAUGUCCCUCUACGAGCCGUCUGAACUUAACCCUUCAAACUACCCCCAGUAUGAGAUCUAUGUUGAGAGCCCCUCAAAGAACAAACUUCUCAAAGCAGGUAGCAUCUUCCUAUACCAAGUGUUUCCUGGUAACUACUUACAAUGGGAGAACCUGUUCUUCAAGGCUUGUAAGGUCGGGGAGUACGACACCGUCUACAAGCUCAUUGUCUUCUUCCAAGAGAAAAAACCCAAUUUCAUCAACGCUCGGGAGAAGAAGACGGGCAACAUGGGCCUGCACAUGGCUGCCAGGAAUGGCCAUUAUGAUAUUGCCUUGUUUCUGCUGGAGAAUGGAGCUAAACUGGACGCUAGAAAUGUUAGUGGUGCUUCGCCAUUCUUUGGAGCAGUAGAGGGACUUCACAAGGGCAUCAGCCAGAUGUUUCGUAUCAGUGACGGCUCCGGAAAGAACUCGUUUGCGCAAGAAGGCAAGAAUUCCCAUGGGAACACUGCUCAGCUUUUGCUUGAGUGGGGAGCAAAUAUCUGGAUGAAGAACAAGUUGGGAAAGACAGCGUUUGAUAUCUCUAAGAAUGACGAACAGAGGACAGAGUUAGUAGGUUAUUACGAUCAUCUUCAGAGCUGCAUUCCGCGGUUGAUGAGGGGUGAUGUUGCACACUUGAGACGACUCGUAGAGGAUCACUUUGCAGGAGUCCAGAAGUUUGCCAGUCUACGAAGCAGAUGCAUCAACGGGAGCACAUUGAUCCACACUGCAUCCUACUUUGGUGUUGUGGCUGUUCUUAAGGUUCUGCUGAAAGAACGCGUGGAUGUGAACCUGCGGGACUACAAGGGAGCUACACCUCUACACAGGGCUAAGGAUAAACCUACCAUCAGGUUGCUGCUUGAAAACGGUGCUUUGCUGAACGCUAUCGAUGGCGAAGGGAACACACCUCUCCAUGUUAAGUGCUAUGGGGAAGGAGGACAACCAACACAGAUGGACUGCAUUCAACAAUUUUUGUCUGAGAAUAUCAACUUGGUUCACCGAAACAACAAGGAGCUGAUGGCCAUCCACUGCUGUGCCAUGCAGGGACGGAUCGAUGCCAUCCAGGUACUCCUCGACCUGGACGCCACGAAAGACGGCGCCAUCAGGGCGAGCCUCGAGAACGAGGACCCCAAGUCGCCCCCAUCGUUGCCCCACCUUGCCCUCGCCAACGAUUUCUUGGAAUGUGGGGAGUGGCUGAUCGAUCAGGGUUUUACCUUCAAGGAGCAUGAGCAAGAUAUCCUGGUGCAUAGGUUACUUACAGAACAGAUUAAGAGUAAGCAGCGUUUGGACAUCAUGAGAUUCCUCUUCAAGCAUGGGGCUGAUCUAGACCAGAGAUAUGCUGGGGGAAACACCCCUUUACACUAUGCAGCUGGAAUGAUGAUACACGCGAAGCGUAAAUCACCAGUCCAUUAUGCUGCAGGGAUGACAGGUCCGACCGAUAUAUUAGAACUCCUCAUCGAGUAUGGAGCAGAUCUUGACUCAGUCAACGAGGAUAAUUGCACGCCGCUCUUCUUCGCCACCCAGUCCAACAACUACUUUGCAGCAAGUGUGUUACUAAACGGAGGAGGCAAUGUAAGACAUAAGAACAUCCAAGGCUUGACAGCAUUUGACUGCAUCAUAGACUUUGAUGAGUGGUUAGAAUGUGGCUUCUUUACCGAUGAGGUCAAGGCAAGGUUAAAAGCUCACAGCCUGAAGCACGCCAGAGAUCUCGUGCGGGCCAUCACCCAGAAGGUUCGGGGGUCGCACCGCAAGGGACUCUUCGCGCAGGUGGCCCAGCGGUCCAACGCCCCGAACCCGGGGGGAGAGAACCGUCAGCAUUCCCUCUCGGCUUCGUUACCCAUCCGAGGGGCGUUAAAGGGAGGGGGUAAUGCCAGUAAUAGUAACAUGAAGCUAGGACAGGGCAUGAUCUUGCCCCCUCUCAAACCAAGAACUUUUAUGAAGCACUAGACAUAUUGGUCUGUAUUCUUGUAAGGCUACUAUUAAAGGCCAGGUUUAACCCCCUCCUCAGUGUGUAGAGGUAGCCCACAGAUUUAGGGAGUACCAUAUAGUGGUGGUUAUUUUACCUGACUGCUAAGAAAGCAUAAAUGCUUGUGAGUAAGCAGCCAGAGGACCGACGGCUUUAGGUCCUCUCUGAUAGACCUGGUAAUGAGGAUGAAUGCCUUACAAGGGCACUAACGCAUCGCCUUGGUUUUGAAUGCGGGGCGCCGGAUUACGAGACCACUACUCUACCAACU